AUGGCUUUAAUUGUCAUAAAUUAUUGGACUGAUGGUUUUAAUUCAUGUUUUUCUGUUAAAUAUAUUAAGGUGAGAAAAGGAAAAAAAAGAGUCAAAUGGGAUAAUGAUGAACUUACGUAUCAGAAACUCAAUGUCAAAGCUUUAUUUGAUGCCUACCAAAUCACUCAGACCAUAUCAGUUAAAGCACCGUGUCUUCAUAGACAUGAAAUAUCACUUUAUAAAAUAGUGACAAUAACAAAUUAUGUAAUAGCAAACUUUUUAACUAAUAUCUUUUGCAUUAAAUUAUUAAAAGUUUUCUAUGGGCAGUCUAUUACUUGUAAAGAUUUAAUAAAACAACAUUCAGAGAAUUAUCACAAUGGCAUAAUUAUGACACCUAUGGAUUCUCGAACUUUUUUUAAAACAAAUUAUUAA